CCCUUACUCAUAAUUUUGAAAGUUUGUGGCUGCAAGGCUAUGAUCGCAAUUGUAUCUCAGAUAUCUGCCUGUACAAAUUUACCAUUUCCGCUCAAAGCUAGAUACUGUUCCUGAGUCGGAAAGAGCUGGAAAACAAAUCAUAUAUACAAACCUGGUGUCCUCUUCUCAAGUGAUUCACCACUUUCAGUCGGCCUGAGUUGACGAGGCGCACCGCGACACACAACUCAAGAUGCCCGUUCCUCCAGCGUACCACGAAUCCCUUCCUUAUGUUGACCAGGAACCGAACCUGGAAGCUCUGGCCGCAGCCCGUGACCUCAUCGCUGCCGAAGCAUCUUCUCAACCUCCCCUGCCGACUUCCAAUCCAGAACCCUCCUUCACGCCCGCCAUGAUAGCCGAGCUUGAGCGCGUCUCCAAAUCCACGCCACUCGCACCGCUCGAUUUAAGCCGCUACGAGGCUCCUUCUCCUAGCGCCCCUCCAGCGACCGCCCUGCCUGCUGCCGCUAUCGCACAGAGCUACCUCUCCUCACGUCUCACAAACCUCGAGCUUCUGGAGAAGUGGGGAAAGAACGCUUGGCUCUUAGGAAACCAUGGACUCGAGGCAGAGCUCCAGGCGCUGGAGCGUGAGCUUGUAGCCGUUAAGCGUGAAAUCGACAUCGUGAACCUAGAGAGGCAGAAGAGGCAGGACGCUGUAGGGGCUGAGAUCAAGACACUGGAUGAUACUUGGCGCACUGGCGUCGGCCGGGUGCUAGAGACUGAGGUUGCGGUUGAAGAACUUCGGAGGAAGAUUCGGGAGGAGCUCACGCGGAGGGCCACAGACGAUCAGGGGCAGUAACUAGUACGCUUAACAUGGAACAUGUAGAGGCAGUCCGAUCGGUUUGUAGGAUUUUCCUCAUUAACUCAGGCGUUUUGAUACCAAAAUUGUCUUUUCAAGCUUCGGUUUAGAAUCUUUCAAGGAAGCCACACAGACUAAAGUCUAACGGAUUUCCUCUAAUUUAAUAGAUUGGUCGUCAAUGGUUACUUUCUAAUCUCAAUCUCGUUGCCUUUUACUGCUCAUGGUGUGGAGAGAUAUAGCAUAAUGAUAUUGAUGUCAAC